AACCUCCGUGCUCGGUGUCGAGUGGAGGUGUGGUGACGUGUGAAUGUUGGAGGCAUCGUUUUGCCGUGUUUUCUAUCCCAGAUCGUGCCCGUCUCUCAAGCUAGGACGACGUUCGUUGGUCCGGGCCAAAGCGAAUAUUUCUCAAUAUCUCUACGAACGUUUUCCACAUUUUUUUGCCAUUUAAUUUCCACAUUUGAAGUUUCUACGACCCAGCCAUCAAAAUAGGAGCAAUUAUGGAAUUUCGGUUUUAUAUUCUCUUUGCCCUUUUGGGUUGCGCACUCGCUGCUGAGGAAGGAGACACGGGUGCAAGACUACUCAUAUCUAAACAGAUAUUAAAUAAUUACAUUGUUGAAGAUAUGGAUCUCAUUGUAAAGUACACACUUUACAACAUUGGGAACAAUGCUGCUAGCAAUAUUGUCUUGUCUGACAAUAGCUUUAGCCCAGAUAUCUUCGGUACAGCAGGAGGUCAUUUGAACGUCAAAAUCUCAAGGAUCCCCCCUGCAACGAAUAUAACUCAUGUUGUCGUGUUGAAACCAAAGAGGGUCGGCAUGGUUAAUUUUACUUCGGCAGAAGUUAGAUACACAAACUCAGAUGAAUCCAACGAAGUUCAGGUUGGAAUCAGCAGUGAACCUGGUGAAGGAUACGUUAUCGCCUUUAGGGAUUAUGACAAGAAAUUUUCACCUCAUUUGAUCGACUGGGGUGCAUUCGCUGUUAUGGCCUUUGCUCCUUUGUUCAUCCCGUUUGUCCUUUGGCGCUCAAGCAAGACAAAAUAUGAAAGCUCUCUGUAUCAGAAGAAGUUGAAAGAAUAAAUUAAACAAUGAAAAUAAUUUAUUAAAUUGUAAUAAAAAUAUUUUGUUUACAA